AUGGCUCCGACUCCGGUGCUGCAACAGACGCCGCAGCAAGAGUACACCGAGAAAGUUUUCCCAGCACCCCAGCAGCCCGGCUAUCGCUCUGCAUCAGGCCAGUUCCGUCAGGCCGUGGCCGUUCCCAAUCUCGGCAUGUCGCCGGCGCCGGUCGACUGUCCGGCUUGCGGCCAACGGGCCAUGACCAACGUCAGCUACCACACAGGCAACACCACGCAUGUCUGGGCCGGCGUCGCUUGCUGCCUGACCGGUCUCCUCUGCUUCAUUCCCUACCUGAUGAACUCGCUGAAGGACGUCCAACAUCGCUGUGGGAGCUGCGGCGUGUUGUUGGCCACUUGGCACAAGAGCGGCGUGGUCGAGGUCCACAUGCACGGUUGA